AAUGUUAAUUUAGCGAUGUAAGGAUUAAAUUAACGUGAUGUGAAUAUGAAGAUCCAUAUUAAGUCAAUAUACAUUGUUCUUUUUUAUUUAAGUAUAUGUCCGCAUCAGUUUUGGAGGAUGCAUGUUCACUACGUCAUAAGAAUAUGUGCAUGAGUUUAAGUGUAGGACUACAAAACAAAUAUUGAUCAUAUAAUAACGAUAAAUAUAUAAAUAUAUAAGUAAAACCAAAUGAUGAAUGUUAGAUGUUUUAUAGUUUGUAUACAAAUGAGAAUAGGACAUAAAUAAUAAAUAUUAAAUAAACAUUAAGUAUUUGUGUGUGAAUAUAUCCAUGCGACGAAUAUGAAAAGUGCUCCGUGAAUUCUGUUGUAUAUCAAUCGAUCUUUAAGAUCGUAUUAAUAACAUAAAGUAGGUGAUAAUAUGUAUGUAUAUAUAUAUAUAUAGGACUAGUAUAAAAUCAAAUGAUUUAUUUGUUCAUUUGUAUUAUCAAUAUCAUCUCAUAAUAAACUAGUUGAAUCUCUGUAUGAAUCAUUUAAUGUUGUUGUUGUUGCUGUUGAAUAUUUAUUUGUACGAUUAAAACAUAUAAAUAUCGUCGGCGAGAUUUUUUCGUUGAGUACAAUGUACUUUUAUGCAAACAAUAAUAAGAACGAUAAGAAUAACGAAUAAUAUUGUUAAUAAACAUCCACUAAUGAUGUCAAGAAUAAUAAUCUUCUUUGGAUACAUCAUAUAUCUAACAUGUGAAUGUAUAUUAUCAAUAGUAACAAUAAUCCAUGGAUGUUCUGAAUCAUAACAAAGAUGAUUUGUUUUGGAAUAUUUUUUAUUUUUUAUUUUUUAUUUUUUUCAUGAAUUGUUAGAAGUGUACCACCACUUUCAAUACCAAUAGGUGGUUCAAUAAAAUUAAUUGUUGGAUUUACAUAUGAUAUUAUUUGA